UGGGAGGGAGGGGGCGGCCUUUUUUUUCUUUCUUGCCUUUGCUUUUUUCCGGCUUUGCAUGGCAGGUUUCCUGUGUUUGUCACAGACGGACAGCAGCGCAGCCAUGGACAGACUGCCUGGCAAGGGCUGAGCCGAAGGGAGACCGUUAGAGCGGCGAGGAAAUUGGACGGGGGAGGGGGGGCAAGCGGUCCACCUCGUCCCCGUCGGGCAUCCUCGGGCCGCUUUUGCAGCAGCGGCUCCUGCGGCUCGGCUCCUGCGGCGACUCUUCUGCCUUUCCCCAGGGGCGCCGGCCGAAGGCAGGGCGAGCCGCCGCCGCCGCUGGAAGCAUGGCCGGCGACUACGCGGCGAGGAGCUUGGAGAGCAUCGAUCUGGGGGCGCUCAGGGAUCCUGCAGGGAUAUUUGAACUGGUGCAAGUCGUUGGAAAUGGGACAUAUGGUCAAGUUUAUAAGGGCCGCCAUGUGAAGACUGGGCAGCUAGCGGCAAUCAAGGUUAUGAAUGUUACCGAGGAUGAGGAAGAAGAAAUUAAACUGGAAAUAAAUAUGUUGAAGAAAUACUCUCAUCACAGGAAUAUUGCAACGUAUUAUGGAGCGUUCGUCAAGAAAAGUCCUGCAGGUCAGGACGACCAGCUGUGGCUGGUUAUGGAGUAUUGUGGAGCUGGGUCUGUAACUGAUUUGGUGAAGAAGACGAAAGGAAAUUGUUUCAAGGAAGACUGGAUUGCGUAUAUAUGCAGAGAAGUUCUCAGGGGCUUAGCACACUUACAUAUGCAUCAUGUUAUCCACCGAGACAUUAAAGGACAGAAUGUGCUCCUAACAGAAAAUGCUGAAGUGAAACUAGUGGAUUUUGGUGUGAGCGCUCAGCUGGACAGGACAAUUGGAAGGAGGAACACAUUUAUUGGGACUCCCUACUGGAUGGCGCCUGAAGUCAUUGCUUGUGAUGAAAACCCAGAAUCAACGUAUGAUUACAGAAGUGACUUGUGGUCCCUGGGAAUCACAGCUAUAGAGAUGGCUGAAGGAGCACCCCCCUUGUGUGACAUGCAUCCCAUGAGGGCUCUUUUUCUCAUUCCACGGAACCCUCCUCCCAAACUGAAAUCCAGGAAAUGGUCAAAGAAAUUUCUUAACUUCGUUGACAGUUGUCUGGUUAAGAAUUAUGUGCAUCGCCCAGCCACAGAAACCUUGCUCAAACAUUCCUUUAUCAGAGACAUGCAGAAUGAGCGGCAAGUGCGCAUCUUGCUAAAGGACCACCUGGACAGGACGAGGAAGAAAAAGGGAGAGAAAGAUGAAACUGAAUAUGAAUACAGUGGAAGUGAGGAAGAAGGUGAUGAGCUGAAUGAAGAUGAAGGAGAACCAAGCUCUAUAGUCAAUCUCCCUGGGGAAUCCACCCUCCGACGUGAAUUCCUGCGGCUUCAACAGGAGAACAAAAAUCGUUCGGAUCCUCAACGACAGCAGCAAAUGCAGCAACAGCAAUUGAAAGACCAGGAAAAGUACAAAAAGCAGCUCCUGGAAGACAGGCAGAAACGAAUUGUGGAACAAAGACUGCAAAGGAAAAAGCUGGAGGAUCACCAGAAGAGAGAAGAACUGCGGAAGCAUCAGAGCUUUGAAAGACGAUGUCCAGAGAUCAAACCAGCUCAAAGCAAAGCCGAGAAAGAUAAAGAUUGCAGGAGAACUACUGAGGAUGAGCAUUGCAAAGUGGAAGGAGCGAAGAAAUUGGAGAGCCAGCAGAAAGCCAUUGAAGAACCACAUCAUGGCAAGAAGCUUCAUCGAACUCUUCCCAAAGAUCAAACUCAAUUACUUUCUCUCCAACAUGAUCACAAACAGAAGAAUAAGGAUCUUCCCAAGAUCUUGAGCCCACCUGCAUGUCUUCCAUCAAACAGUGCAAGCCAAGAGACCAAGAGCAAGAAGAGUGAAAGCAUCCAAACAGAUCUCAACUGGGCAGCCGUUCUGGGACAUGAAGCCCCCUCUCAUGGUAGACUGGGAUCUGGCAGUAGCUCCAGUCCAUGCACACCAGCUUUACAAAGAUCCGGACUAGCUCAGAGUGAAAACCUGCGGGCCAGUCGAGAUAUGUGCAGUUCACUGUCGGAUGUGGCCACAAUACCUCUCAGCUCUAGUCAGGAUGAUGUGUUCUGGAAUGUUUGUCAGACUGAAGAGCAACCUCCGAAGGUUCCAGAAAGGACAAUCUCAAAAUUUUAUGGCAGAGGUCACUUUAACCAUCAAAGUUAUCCUUCAAGCGCACAGCAAUCAUCCCUGGGGGGGUGUGCAGUGAAAAUAAACAGCAACUGCAGCAGCUCCAGUAGCAACAGGCAACCAGAGUCAGCAUCUCAUCAGAACACCCGAUCAGCUGCAGGAUCAUCUGUCCACCACCAGUCCUAUAAGAAGCCUGAGCACACAUCUCAUCUCUGCCGUAUUUCAAGCCCACCCUUCUUGGCUAAGGGAAAAGACGGUGCCAACUUGCUCCUGAAAUCAGCAGAAUAUUCAUCCUCCAGUGACGAAGUGUGCAGCAGUGAUGAAGAAGAUGAUAGCUGUGACUGUAGCCACAUGAGGCAACCAUUCAGCAAUGGAGUGGCCAAUUUCUCAAGGGCAAGAUUUCCAGAUGGGAUCGAACUGAAGCCCCAGAGCACUAAAGCUGAACAGAAGGACCAUGUUGCAGGAAAACUUAGCAACAGUAAUACUCACGAAGGGUUCUGGAGCAGGAGCAACCAGAAUUAUCUUCUCCCGGAUCUCUUGCAGCAAAGCCAAAUUUCGGACUGUUCAGCAAACCAGCUAAAGUUUGCUCAGAACCGUCAAGGACUUCAGAACAGAUCUGUUCCUAAGAAGGUACAAGACUCUGAAAACACCUCCUCAAAAAAUAGCUCCUCGUCUAGUUCAUCAUUCACUUCAUUCAUAGAUCCCAGGCUUCUACAAAUCUCUCCUCCCUCCAGUCCAACGGGAUCAAACUGUAGUUCUCCAUCCAGUGCAAAACCAGAACCCACUAGCAGGCAAAAUGCAAGGAAAGGUUCUGUCGUCAAUGUGAAUCCAACCAAUAUCCGACCUCAGAGCGACAGCCCAGAAAUCCGCAAAUACAAGAAGAAGUUCAGUUCAGAGAUCUUGUGUUCUGCAUUGUGGGGAGUAAACCUACUUGUGGGGACCGAGAAUGGGCUGUGGUUUCUGGACCGCAGUGGACAAGGAAGAGUUUACUCGCUGAUAACCAGAAGGCGGUUUCAGCAGAUGGAUGUGCUUGAAGGACUCAAUGUGCUAAUUACCAUCUCAGGCAAAAAGAAUAAGCUACGGGUGUAUUAUUUAUCCUGGUUGCGGAACAAGAUUUUGAGGAAUGAUCCUGAGGUGGAGAAGCGGCAAGGCUGGGUGCCAGUGGGUGAUCUGGAAAGCUGCACACACUACAAAGUUGUGAAAUAUGAGAGGAUCAAAUUUCUUGUGAUUGCUGUGAAAAAUUCAGUUGAGGUCUAUGCCUGGGCUCCCAAACCGUACCAUAAAUUUAUGGCCUUUAAGUCCUUCACAGUGCUUCAUCAAAAGCCACUGUUGGUCGAUUUGACAGUUGAAAAUGGACAGAGGUUAAAAGUAAUCUAUGGCUCACCAAUCGGAUUUCAUGCUAUUGAUGUAGACUCCGGCUCAGUGUAUGACCUGUACCUACCAACUCAUAUCCAGGGGAAUAUACAUCCACAUGCCAUUAUCAUACUCCCUAACACCAGUGGAAUGGAACUUCUGCUCACCUAUGAAGAUGAAGGAGUCUACAUAAACAUCUAUGGACAUUUCUCAAAGGAAAAUGUUUUACAGUGGGGAGAAAUGCCUGCCUCUGUAGCAUAUCUUCAAUCCAACCAAGUUAUGGGUUGGGGAGAGAAAGCUAUUGAACUGCGUUCUGUGGAGACGGGAAACCUGGAAGGAGUGUUUAUGCACAAGAAAGCACAGAAGUUGAAAUUUCUGUGUGAAAGGAAUGAUAAGGUAUUCUUCGCAUCUAUACAAUCUGGAGGCAGCAGUCAAAUUUAUUUUAUGACACUUGGACAGAACAUACUAUUCAAUUGGUAAAGCUCUCACUAGCUACAAGCUUAGUUUAUAGAAGUUUGCACAUUUUCUCCAGGAAAGGAAGAGUUCAUUAUACCAUCCUUCAGUUGUGCAUUCCCUGUUCAAGAUUUGCCAUAUAAUAAUGUUAAUUAUUUUAGAAGAUCAAGCAGGCAAUCAAGAAAGUUGACUAUAUGACAGAUGCAGCAAGCACCCUAUAUGAAGUAUGCACAGAUGUUUUUGCACAAAUAUUGUAAUGCUGUCAUGUUCCUCAUGGUUUUUAUUUUAGACAGCAAUAUGUAAGUUUACUACGAGUGUAUAUGUCUUGCUGUGUGAACUGGAACCCACAAUGUUAAAUUAAUUCUUGUUUCAUCAGAUAGUUCAGUCUUCAUCCUAGAAGCAAUAGCAUUGCAAACAGGCAGUAUAAUACAGUGAUUAGUAAACCUGAGAGACCUGAGUUCAAAUCCCAACUCAGCCAUGAAACUCAACUUUAGGCCAGAAGCACACACUCUGAAGCCUAAAUUACCUCGUAGGGUUGUUGUGAGGUUCAGGUUGAGGAGGAGAGAACAAUGUGUGCUGCUCUGAGCUGCCUGGAAGAAGCAUGGGAUGAAAACUGAAGUGCUUUUGUGUCACAUUCAUUGCUUGUAAGUGGGCAGAAGAAAUUGUGGAAGAGAACUUCCUAGUGAACUGUGCCAUGUACCCAUUGUCAUUUGUUGCUCCUAGUGUCCUUGGAGAGCUUAGGUAUUUAAACCUUGGAUAUGUAAGGACAGAUUUUUGCCAUGUUUGCUGUCACCGCCAAACGUAUUUCUAAGGAGUCCUUUUAGAGAGGUCCUACAAAUCUUACCUACCCAAAUUGCUCUUAAAAGUCAAAUGGGAUGACUCAUUUUAAGUGUAAGAUCAAGUUCUACUGGAAAUGCUGAUACAAUAGAAAUAUAUAUAUAUAACUUUGUAAAUAUGUUCUGUCCCAAACAUAUCCUGUUUAACAAAUACAUUCCUAAUAUAGCUAUAGAAGCUUCCCAAAGAGACAGGGGGGUGGAAAUGAUGGGGAACUUCUUCCAGCAAUCGGUUCAGAGCCUUAUUUCAGUGAAGCUUACACAGGAAAAGUUGUCAAUGGAUUGUACCCAGUAGCUUUAAAAAACAAUUCAUUUCAGGCAUUUUGUAUAACUUGCAUUUGAGCAAUAGACAUACUCUCUAAUGACAAACUGGUGUUGCUUUUCCAUCAUGAAGUUAUAUUCUCAGGGGUUUAUAUCUUGAGUUAUUCUGGUGUUGUGUGUUCAGAUUCAUAUGUACAAUCAUUAGUUAGCUAAAUUUUGUAUAAUGCUUUGGAAAAUGUAAAGCACUAUAAAAUGUACUACCUAGUAGUAUAUUUGAAAACUUGAUACAAAAGAUGUUUAUCCAAGAGAAAUAAUCUAUGGCAGGUUAGGGGUGGAAGGGGGAGGUUGAUGUUAAGUAAGGUAUUUAAAAUAUAGUAUUGACUUUAACAUAAAAUGUAGCAGACUACACAUUACAAGAGACUAUGCCUGGAUAUUUGACGAUUCUGUAAUUGCAGAGUUUCAGAUUAUGGUUGUUGUGGGUUUUCCGGGCUGUAUUGCCGUGGU